AAUUCCACUAGAGGUGCGUAUUUUGGAUAUUAUCCAUGAUUUGAAUGACAUAGAUUGCACCAGAUGAAAAAACAAACGAGGAUGAUUCGUUAAUUUUGUCAAAUAAGCAUCCUCUUGUUCGCAUCUGCCAUCACUUUUCACUUAUCCAAACAAACCCCUUCUUAAUUCUUCCUUUCGUUCUUCGUUAAUGGAAGCCCACAAGUUGUAGCAUCAAUUCCCACUACUUACAGAACAAACUCGUCUGCAAUGGCGAUGCAAACUUCUCACACCGUUAUGUCAUUGAGAAGUUGUUCAUCGUUUAGAAAGACAUCUUCUUUUAGCCUCGUUGAUUUCCAAAGAUGCUCUGCCAUUGAGCUCUCGUCUCUUUUCCGUUUUACGUAUGGCUGUAUUUAUCCUAGGAGUGCGUUUUGCACUCAGUCAAAGCGUAGGUCUCGUGGACCUGUGAUGGCUGCCAAGAAAGAAUCCAAAGGAACAAAGCAAGGAGACGGAAAGUACAAGCAUACCGUUGACCUUCCUAAGACAACGUUUGGUAUGCGAGCUAAUUCUGCUGUAAGGGAACCUGAAAUCCAGAAGUUAUGGGAUGAAAAUCAGGUUUUUAAGAACGUUGCCGAGAAGAAUAGCGGGGGAAGUUUUAUUCUUCAUGAUGGCCCUCCAUAUGCUAAUGGUGAUUUACACAUGGGACAUGCCUUAAACAAGAUUAUAAAGGACAUUAUCAACCGGUAUAAGCUGCUUCAAAACUGUAAAGUCCAUUACGUUCCUGGUUGGGAUUGCCACGGUCUGCCGAUCGAGUUAAAGGUAUUGCAGUCAUUGGACCAAGAUGCACGAAAGGGGCUAACACCAUUAAAAUUGAGAGCAAAAGCAGCUAAAUUUGCCAAAGCAACUGUGAAGGCACAAAUGGCGUCAUUCAAGAGAUUUGGAGUAUGGGCUGACUGGGAUAACCCUUAUCUCACUCUUGAUCCAGAAUAUGAAGCUGCUCAGAUUGAAGUGUUUGGGCAAAUGGUUUUCAAAGGGUACAUAUAUCGAGGGAGAAAGCCCGUUCACUGGAGUCCUUCAUCUCGCACCGCACUUGCAGAGGCUGAGUUAGAGUAUCCUGAAGGCCAUGUUUCAAAGAGCAUGUAUGCAAUUUUCAAAGUAUUAAAUACUCCAGCUAAAGACGGAUUACUCGAUGAAUUUCUUCCCAAAUUGUCCCUUGCAAUUUGGACCACCACUCCCUGGACUAUUCCUGCAAAUGCCGCUGUUGCAGUAAAUCCCAAGCUCCAAUACGCGAUUGUUGAAGUGCUACCCGUUUCACCUGAUGUAGCUUCAUCUUCUGAAGACAAAAACAGAAGAUUUGGUAAUGUUUUAAAAGCCGACGAGACACCCUAUUUCAUUGUUGCAUCGGAUCUUGUGCCAACACUUGAAGCGAAAUGGAAUGUGAAGCUUGUGGUUAAAAAAACAGUUUUAGGUUCAGAUCUUGAAAAUUACAGAUACGCACACCCGAUAAAUGGCCAAGAAUGUCCGGUUGUGAUUGGUGGAGAUUAUAUUACAACCGAAUCUGGAACCGGGCUUGUUCACACAGCACCGGGUCAUGGACAGGAUGAUUAUUUAACUGGUUUAAAAUAUGGUUUGCCGAUAAUAUCCCCAGUAGAUGAUGAAGGAAAGUUCACUGAAGAAGCUGGGAUAUUUAGCGGGCUUGAUGUGUUAGGUGAUGGUAAUGCUGCUGUAGUUAAUCACUUGGAUGAACGUUUAUCAAUUGUUUUGGUAGAACCUUACAAGCACAAGUAUCCGUAUGAUUGGCGAACAAAAAAACCUACGAUUUUUAGGGCAACAGCACAAUGGUUUGCUUCGGUUGAAGGAUUUAGAGAGGCUGCUAUGGAUGCCAUUAACCAAGUUACAUGGACCCCAUCUCAGGCAGAAAACAGAAUUUCUACAAUGACAUCCAGCCGUUCCGAUUGGUGUAUAUCUCGUCAGAGGACAUGGGGUGUCCCAAUUCCAGUCUUUUAUCAUGCAGAGACGAAAGAACCUCUGCUAAACGAAGAAACCGUUGAUCAUAUCAAGUCCAUCAUUUCACAAAAGGGCAGUGAUGCAUGGUGGUACAUGUCAGUAGAAGAAUUGCUUCCUGAGAAUUAUCGCGAUAAAGCAUCGGAUUAUGUGAAAGGAACUGAUACAAUGGAUGUUUGGUUUGAUUCAGGUUCUUCAUGGGCUGCUGUUUUGGAAAAUAGAAAGGGCCUGAGUUUUCCUGCAGAUUUGUACGUUGAAGGUACAGAUCAGCAUCGGGGUUGGUUCCAAAGUUCUUUAUUGACUAGUGUUGCGACAAAAGGAAAAGCUCCGUAUUCUGGAGUUAUAACACAUGGAUUUGUGCUUGAUGAGAAGGGUUUAAAAAUGAGUAAAUCUUUGGGUAAUGUCGUUGAUCCACGUACCAUAAUUGAAGGAGGGAAGAAUCAAGAGGAAGCACCUUCUUAUGGAGCAGACGUACUUAGACUCUGGGUCUCAAGUGUAGAUUAUACAGGAGACGUUUUGAUCGGUCCGCAAGUUCUUCGCCAAAUGUCUGAUAUUUAUAGAAAGCUAAGAGGAACUUUACGGUUUCUUUUGGGAAAUCUUCAUGAUUGGAAAGCUGAAAAUGCUAUUGCGUAUGAUGAACUUCCUGAGAUCGAUCAGCAUGCUCUGUUUCAGCUUGAAAGUGUUGUGAAAAACAUUAAAGAAAGCUACGAAAGCUAUCAGUUCUUCAAAAUAUUCCAGAUCAUUCAACGGUUCGCUAUUGUUGAUCUCUCAAAUUUCUAUUUCGAUGUUGCCAAAGACCGCCUUUACGUUGGUGGGGCUUCAAGUUUUACAAGGAGAAGUUGUCAAACGGUCCUUGCAGUUCAUCUACUGUCGAUAGUGAGAGUAAUAGCUCCAAUCCUACCUCAUCUGGCUGAAGACGUGUGGCAAAAUCUCCCUUUCGAAUAUAAUAUCGACAACGCUGACAUGGCGAAAUUUGUUUUCGAGUCAAAGUGGCCUGAAGAAAAUCAAAGAUGGCUUGCAUUUCCCGAGGAAGAAAUAGAAUUUUGGGGGAAAAUACUUGAGUUGAGAACUGAAGUAAAUAAAGCUUUGGAGAGCGCGCGCACCGGCAAACUUAUCGGUUCCAGUCUGGAGGCGAAGGUGUAUCUCCAUAGCUCUGAUGAUAAUCUUGCUGAGAGAUUAACGAACAUGUGUGAAGCUAAAGUUGAUGCUGACUCACUGCAUCGCAUAUUCAUAACAUCUCAGGUUGAGAUUCUUUCUACGUUGGAUGAUUUACCAACAAAAAAUAUACCAUAUUCUGGAGAAUAUUUAAUUCAAGGAGAAAAUAAAAUAUGGAUCGGAAUAUCGCGCGCAGACGGUACAAAAUGUGAAAGAUGCUGGAAUUUUUCACCUCAAGUUGGUUCAUUUAUUGAUCACCCGACACUUUGCAAACGUUGCUAUGAUGUUAUUGCUGGCCAACCACUUCCUGCUCUUGCAGCUGUCAGUUGACGUGUAGGUGAUCUCUUGACGGAUAAAUUUAUCCCCUAGAACCGGCAUAAUGGGAAGAUUUGAAAACGGGUCAAAAGGGUACUUUGUAUGGAUCGGGUUGACCCAAAACACAUUCGUUUAGUGUCUGCAGAUUAUAAAUCAUGAAACAUGAUCUGUGAUGCAGUGUGUUCUAUUUAUCUGCAAUAAAAGUCUUGUGCAAUUUAUCAUAAUGGAUUACUUUUUCACAUACGAUUCGUAAAGAUAAUAACUUACAGGUGACGGUUUCAACUUAAUUACUUAUGAAUGGAUCAAUUCGGGUUAUGUUUUAUCUCUG